GCGCGCCGUGCUCGCAGAAAGAGAGCGGCGCGGCGCGAGCGUGCAGGCAGCCAGCCGGCUGCAUGGCGCGCUGCGAACGGCUGCGCGGCGCGGCCCUGCGCGACGUGCUGGGCCGGGCGCAGGGGGUCCUUUUCGAUUGCGACGGGGUGCUGUGGAACGGCGAGCGCGCCGUGCCGGGCGCCCCGGAGCUGCUGGAGCGGCUGGCGCGGGCUGGCAAGGCGGCGCUGUUCGUGAGCAACAACAGCCGGCGCGCGCGGCCCGAGCUGGCCCUCCGCUUCGCGCGCCUCGGCUUCGGGGGGCUGCGCGCCGAGCAGCUAUUCAGCUCCGCGCUGUGCGCUGCGCGCUUGCUGCGCCAGCGCCUGCUCGGGCCGCCGGACGCGCAGGGCGCGGUGUUCGUGUUGGGCGGCGAGGGGCUGCGGGCCGAGCUGCGCGCCGCGGGGCUGCGCCUGGCGGGGGACCCCGACGAGGACCCGGGCUCGGCCCCGCGCGUGCGCGCCGUGCUGGUGGGCUACGACGAGCACUUCUCCUUCGCUAAGCUGAGCGAGGCCUGCGCGCACCUGCGCGACCCCGACUGCCUGCUGGUGGCCACCGACCGCGACCCGUGGCACCCGCUCAGCGACGGCAGCCGGACUCCCGGCACCGGGAGCCUGGCUGCCGCCGUAGAGACAGCCUCAGGCCGCCAGGCCCUGGUGGUGGGCAAGCCCAGCCCCUACAUGUUCGAGUGCAUCACAGAGCACUUCAGCAUGGACCCCAGCCGCAUACUUAUGGUGGGCGACCGCCUGGAGACCGACAUCCUCUUCGGCCACCGCUGUGGCAUGACCACCGUGCUCACGCUCACAGGCGUCUCCCGUCUGGAGGAGGCCCAGACCUACCUGGCAGCUGGCCAGCACGACCUCGUGCCCCAUUACUAUGUGGAGAGCAUCGCGGACAUGAUGGAGGGGUUGGAGGACUGAGCCCACCUGACCGGCAACUGCGGCUGCAACCCUUGCUCACCCUGUUCCUGUAGGUGGAGGUGAUGGGCCAAGAGCUGCAUUAAGGGCGACCAGCGCCCUGGGCCCAGUUUCUACCCUGGUGGGGCUGGAACCCAGGGAAGAUGUCAGGGCCCUCGGACCCCCUUCCAGCAGUGGCUGGGCACUCUGCUGUCCCAGAAGCUGCCCCCCUCCCUGCCACUGGUUUACCCUGGCCUGACCCAGCCAGGUGGCCUUAUAUCCUGCCCUGUGACCUCCGCUUGUUUAAACUUGGGCCCUGCUGCCUUGUGAGGACUUCCCCCAACCCUGAGCACUUAAUCCCCUACCUCCUCCCUGGGGCCUCUAGGGCUCUACCUGCUCCUGGGUUCCUACUGACCAAUCAGAGGUCUAGGUAGCCAUGAAUCAUUAUUGUCCUGAGCCCUGAAUGGACCGAUCAGAAGGCUAAGUGAUAGUGACUCGAUGCUGUUGGGUCUUGAGUGGACCAGUUGGGAGCCUAAGCGACAAUGACCCUUUCUUGUCCUAGGUCCUGGGUAGACCAAUCAGGACCCUAGGUAAUAAUGACCCAUUAGUCUCUUGGAUCCUGAAUAGAACAAUCCAGAAGCCUGAGAGACAGUGGCCUCUUGACAAUCUGGGUCUGACUGGACCAGCCAGGGGUCCAGAUUUCUGUUCAUAAAUAGGGGUCCAAGUGUGAAGACACCCCUCCUCCACAAAGGGGGCCACUUGGUGGCUCUGGGGGCUUCUGUAGCUGAGAGCCCCACCCUCCCUGAUCACGGUACCAGACCAGUGUUGACGGUGGUCACAGCUUGGGAGGGGGGCUUUUGUGGCCCGCCCCCCAUGCUGUCAGUGUUUGCUGUGCCACCUCUCCACUGCGCCCACCCCCAGCUAUUUAUUAUUGCGUGCCAGUGAUGGUGGGGAUGGGGGCUGGGCCUUCCCUGCCACCUCCACCCUUGUUGUAACCAGUCCUCCCGUACUUAAUAAAGUGCGAGUGGGA